CACUGUUUGCCGCCGCAGCAGAUGAGCCCAGCGAGGGCGCCGGACCCGCAAGCGGACAGUCAGCGCCAACACGCGUACCGAAGCGGCUGGCCCGUCUCGCUGACACCCACGACUUACCAGCGACGGCUUUUCAUCAAGCUUUUGCACCCUCACUUCAUGUUCGAGCUCUGGUUACUGGCGGCGAACUUUGCAUUUCGGGCACCUGAGUGACAUCCAACGAAGGCCUCCUCUACGCCUGUCGUUCAAACGGGCGUCGGUGGCAUCCUGUACGCACAUGUGAAUCAGAUGAAAAAUCGUACAGGCACAGUGACCGCAGGCGAAGCUCCGCGUUCCCUCGUCAUCAUUUCCUGACAACGACGCUCCCAGUGACUGCCCGCACAGCCGAAAUUAGUGUCGGUCGUGACAGAGACAACUUUCUGUUCGAAGUUACGCCUACUGGGCUGACUGCGGUCACUUCACACUAUCCUUUGUGUGCGUAAAUCCACUGCAUUCGUGCUUUCGUCCUUCCAGGGACCGCUCGGAAAUUCCGUGUGUGAGCAGAACCCGUUCGUUACAGCUGGCGCCAUGGCAACCAUCCGUAAUCGAGGAACAGUGCACAAAACAGUUUCAACCGAAGAGGUCACGGCGUGUUUCCCAAAUGCGACCAUAACCCGGAGCUUGUCAAAGUCUACGUCUCCCUUCCAAUUUCUCUGCAGGCAAUUUCACAAGCCUCGGGAAUCAUUGCUCAGCCAACCUGGAGGGCUCAUUCGCCUCAGAGGAUUCGCAAACUUCACUGUGGUGUUGCUGAUACUGUUCAACUUGAGAUCGGCUGUUUACAAUAUAUCGAGGGCGUUCAAUUACUGCGAACUAACAAAAUGGCUGCUUUACGUCUUCACUGACACCGGAAGCAUCCCGCCUGUUUUGGCUGCAAUCUGUCACCCAGUGGCGGUGUGCGUCUCACUCCAAGCGGAAAAGCUACUGGCCACGAAAAAAGUUGGGAAAAAGACGUUUGCAGCCGUGGUAGCGGCGAACCUGGCGGUGCUGCUCGUCGUGCCUCCGCUGUUCUUGUUUCAUGUGCCAACCAACCUGGUGGCAUCCAUUGCCUGCAUUUGGCUGACGGUAAUCGUCUGGCUGAAACUGGUGUCUUACCACAUGGUGAACUGUUCUUUUCGGUGGGAAGACCCGUCCGAGCACAAAACCGGAAACGGCAACGUCUCCUUGGUGGAAAAAGAUGCAGGUGCAGUGUGCCAGCACGCCAAUGGUGCAGCGGUCAACGGCCAUAUUGCCAAGCUCGUCGUCUAUCCCGACAACCUCAAUGCUGCAGACAUAUGGUACUUCAUGUUUGCCCCAACGUUAUGCUACGAGUUCAACUUCCCUCAGAGGCCGAAGAUACGAAAAUUGUUUCUGCUUCGGAAAACUUUGGAAGUAAUCAUUAUACCAGUGCUCAGUGUGACGCUGCUAAACCAAUGGGCAAUGCCCGUCCUGGCCAUGGCUGCGAAAGCGUAUGAGGAAAUGGACGCAUGGGAGCUCUUCAAGGCAUAUAUAGACCUGAUGGUUUGGAACACCGUCUUUUGGCUUAUGAUGUCGUUCUGGCUCUUCCACUCGGCCCUUAACUGGCUCGGCGAGGUGCUGGGGUUUGCCGACAGGGACUUCUACAGAGACUGGUGGAACGCCGAUUCCGUAAGGGGCUUCUGGAACCGGUGGAACUUGCCCGUGCACCGCUGGUGCUGGCGCCACAUCUACGCUCCACUCGUGGGCGCAGGGUUUACCAAGAGCCAGGCGCAAAUGGCCGUGUUUGUCGUGUCAGCCAUUUUUCACGAGUAUAUCUCGAGUCUACCCCUGAAGACAAUUUACGGCGUGGCAUUUAUUGGCAUGGCUGUGCAGCUGCCGCUCUUCUAUUUUUACGACAAUUUCAUCCACGAGCGAUUCCCGAAGAUGGGCAAUGCGAUUGUUAUGCUGCUCUUCAUAUUUCUGAUGCCCGCUGUUGUUACCCUCUACUACUGCAAGUGUUUUACCAUAAUCAUGGGCGAACAAUAAAGGUAUCAAGGAGAGGA